GUCCUGUCAGCCAUUCGAAAAUAAAUAGUGGAUUUAAUAAAUAACAUGAAAUAUGGAAAGCAGAAUCACUUUAUUCCAUUUAUUCAAAAUAAUAGUAUAGAUUUUUAUGAAUGGAGAAAAAUUGUAGCAAACUAGAAAGCGAACUUUAAUACUCUAUUUAUCUAAAUAGAUCUUGUAACAUAUGGACAAAGUUAGCAGAAUUGUAUGAUAAUUCAACAUUUGUAAACAUCUAAUUAAAUAAAAUCUGAUUUGGAAUUUAUUCUUUUGUGAAUUUGUCAUAAUUAUGUUAUGUAUUGGCAUAUAAGGUCCGUAUGGACAGAAGGAUAUUAAAAAAAGAGCAUGGAAUAAAUUAACUGCAAUUGACAAAGUAAUUGAAAAUAAGCAGAUAAAGGAAUUAUUACUAAAUUAAUAAGCACUAGACUAUUGUACUUAAUCUAAAAGACUUUUCUAUUGAAGAAAAAUAGUAAAUAAAUGGAAAGAGUGAACUUAAUAAUAAUUAAUUAAAGUAAUAGAAAUGGAAGAUAGAAUCUGAAUACUUAUCAAUCCAUCAAUGA